UAAAUAGUGCCCCAUUGCUUAAUUUCUCACAUACCUUUCGAUUAGAAACUCCACGCACAGACAGAAAACAGAGAAAGUUACUUUGAAUACCUGAAUGGCUGUAAACCUCGUAACGUAUGACCAUGCUGAAGAUGACUACAUUGACAUGGAAGUCGAUUCAUUCUGCAACUUCCAUGGCCACUCCAUAAGCUCUCCUCCACACCAAAGAGAUUUUGAGUUCCAUAUGUCUUCACUGUCUUUGGAGAGAGAGCACACAACUUCACCAGCUGAUGAGCUCUUCUACAAAGGGAAGCUUCUUCCGCUUCACCUGCCACCGCGUUUACAAAUGGUUGAAAAGUUUCUGCAGAACCCCAGCCCUGCUUAUGCUACGAGAAAAGAAGAUUUCAAGGAAAUCUAUAGCACCCCAUUAGUCACGACUGCUGCAACUCCAUCUUCAACAAGCACCCCAUUCGAAUCCUGCAAUAUUUCGCCUUUCGAGUCUUGCCAGGUUAGCAGAGAGCUAAAACCAGAAGAGUAUUUCUCCCAGUAUACAACUGAUGUCAGUGUAUUUAUAAAUGAAAACGCAAAAAAGUCGUGGAUAAAAAAGCUUAAGCUGGUCAAGCAGUCCUCACUUGGUUCAAAGCUGAAAGCUUCCCAGGCUUACCUCAAGUCUUUGUUUGGUAAAUCUAGUUGUUCAGAUGAGUCAUGCGCAGCAGCUACAAAAGUAGCAGAUGAAAUAUCAGCUUCAAAAGCCAAAGAGAGUUUGAAAAAGUACGUGAAAGCAACAAAGAAAAACCCAUUUGGGCACAUCCAAAGAGAGAGAUACCAAUUAUACAGCACCAGAGACAAGGGAAAGAUUAUUGAAAACUCCGUCGGUCGUCACAGAAGAUCAUUCUCAAUGGCUAUCAGACGACAUUCAACAAACAAGUCUUCGUCCUCUUCAUCAUCAUCCUCAUCAGGUUCGUCAUCAUCGUCAAGCUCAAACAAUACAAACCAGAUGCACAUUAGGCCUUAUCUCAAGAGGAGCACAAGUAUGAAUUCAGAGAUUGAGAAUUCGAUUCAGGGAGCAAUUGCACAUUGCAAGCAGUCCCAACAGUCUUUCCAUCCAAAGCAAAUUUCAAGUGAAAUCACAGUUCACACUUUGUCAGCUUCCAGGAUUGCAGUAUGUGAAGACCACGAAAGGCCUGACCUUUGCAGGGUCUGAGAGAGAGGGAGACAGAUGGAGAAAGAGAAGGGAACUGGGGAAAGGACAAGCACGGACAAACCGCAAAUUUUAGAUUCUAGCCUUAAAGCUCUCAGUAUGCUUUGUUUCAAUGUAGGACUAUACACUGUCCAUGACCGUAUUCAUAUUGCAAGCAAGAAUAAAAGUUCCAAUUAUGCAGUACUAUUUUGGUUUUCUCCCCCUUGUUUACAUAGAAGAUUUAAUUUCACUCCUUGAUUAUUAGCACCAUGGGAAUGUCUCAAAACGCUAACAAAAUUUGAUGCAGAUGGUUAAAAGACAUCAUUGAAGCAGAUAUUGCUACUGAAAAAUGUAAGGUAAAUACAUUAGAUAUAGGAUAGCAAAGUAUAAAAUCAAUGUGUCCAUGGAGAUAAAAUUUGAAUCCAUACUACUUAGACCACACUCACACUCCAAAUGAUGUUACUGCAGAGAGCCACCUAACACUGAUGCACACAGUAAACAUUCAUAAUCAUAACCAAGGAAAGAGUCACAAGCUUCAUUAUAGUGAUAUUCAAGAUCAUGUUCACUUUGUUUUCCAAGAAUACAUUUGUUUUUCCCCCUUUGUUUGAGCUUAUGAAAUUUUACAAUGCCUACUUGUAAAGUGGAGAUCAAUCUAAUAUGCCAUCUCUUCUCCAAGCCCACAUCUUUUCCUUAAAAGUUUAUAUUAUUAAAAAGCAACAUUUAUUUGUUAAAACCAACUGUAGGACAUUAUAGGCAAUCAUGAACUGAUUGGAAAAAAAAUUAUUAAAAAAUACCCACAUAUCUGCCUUCCCAAAACAUCUAAGAAACACCUACCAACAUUUUAUAUGUCGACUUGUAAAGUAAGUAUGAUUAUUUUGGAUCAACUCAUAGGACACCAUUUCUUGUAAUUAAUAUAAUAUAAAACUAAUCAAGAAUUAGGUAAAGAAACAAGAGCCAGUUCCCAGUACACACACGAAAAGCAAGCUGAUCAACAAUAAAAUACGAUGAGAUAGAAAUCUUCAGGUGCAGACAAACAACUCUUAUCUUUUCUAAUGAUUUUUCUUAGCGGGUGUACUGAACCUUAAAUUAAGUAAACAUGUCAGCUAGAGUUUUGACAGGAUGUAAAAGCAGCAAAAAGGCUAAUUUGAUUAUGUUCAGCACUAAGGGCGUAGUGGUAACUGGUAAGCAUAAAACAAUGAAAACACUUUUCACAAAAUCAUACAAUAUUGAAUGUCGACAUGGCAAAGUAGAAGGCAGGCCUCAACUACCGGCGACAGCACUCUGCGCUCCUAUCAAUUCAGCUUUUUUUUUUACUGUUGCCAAAGGCAUCAACAUGGCUUCCAAAAAUUCCCAUUAAGUUUUAACAUAAUGGCAAGCUCUCAGUGAUUAAUUCAUUUCAUAAUGCCUUUUCAAAGAUCAGAAGUCACUAAAAUAUGAAGUUAACUUAAACGGGAUCAUUAUCUAUAAUCACUUCAUGUCAGAUGUGGGAUGCUGCAGUGCUUCAUAUCCAAGUCAUUAUGUUAAUGUAAGAGCUUCUACAAAGAUUCACAUUCGAAAUUAGCUACAUGUCCAUUUCCUAAGAUGUUCAGCUGACCUGUGCAAAUUAGUCAGAACUGAUGAAAAGUGUUCAGCUGCCAUGUCCAUUUUCUAAGAUUUUUCAGAUACAUAUUACCCUUAAAAUCAAAUGUUCCAGGUUCACGAACUAUUCCAAUUGUAACCAUGUGGUUUCGGUAACAGAAUUAAAUAAGCUAUGCAGACCUGUGACAGACCCAUGGAGAUCCUUGUACCUUUUGCUCGCAGUGGUACUGAUACAUCUUGAAAGCAAUACUGACAUUGGACAUCUCCAACUGUUUUUUUUUUCUUCUUUUUUUUUCCGCUAUGUUUGUUCAAUCUGCCAAAUAUUAUUCUUACCUAUGAACGCUUCCCACAAAAACCAAAGAGCAUAACAGUGUAACACAAAG